AUGGCAGUCACAUCCUCCGCUCUCUCUCGGCGCUUCAACGCCAGGGUCGUAAGCUGCUUUCGAGGCCGCAAGCAGGCACCUGCUGUCCCCGUCCCCGCCGCUGCCGCUGCGCAGAGAACGGUGAAGCCGAAAAAGGCCACAAGCCGAUGCGACGUCUUCAUAAACCACAGGGGAGCCGACACGAAACGGACCGUGGCUGGGCUGCUCUACGACCGCCUGGUCCAGCUCAACCUCCGGCCUUUUCUGGACAGCCGGACCAUGGAGCCGGGAGACAAGCUAUACGAUUGCAUCAACAGCGCGAUACUCGACUGCAAGGUUGGGAUCGCCAUCUUCUCUCCCAGGUACUGCGAGUCCUUCUUCUGCCUCCACGAGCUGGCGAUGCUGGUGGAGUCCGGUAAGAAGCUGAUCCCGAUCUUCUGCGAUGUCAAGCCCUCGGAUAUCCUGGUGGCGGACGUCGGGUCCCAUCCGCCCGAGAAGAUUGAGCUGUUCAGGAAGGCUCUUGAGGAGGCCAAGUACACGGUUGGCAUCACAUUCGACUCACAGAAUGGGAACUGGUCGGAUUUGGUAUCACGCACCGCCGAGAUUGUGGAGAAGAGCAUAAAAGAGGCACGGGGUCACUGA